AUGUUCGGUAUGGAUACACUGGCGUCAGCAUAUCUAGCCCAGGCAAUUGAUAUUGCUCAUGAGUUGGGGUUGUUCGAACCAACAACAUACCAAAAGCACAAGAAGUUGCGCCACUCUUAUGAUCUUACGGCGUGGUCACUGUUUCAUUGGCAAUGUACGUUGAAUCUUCAGUUCCAGACAGGUCCGCUGCUACGAACUCCGCCCCACAGUCCAUUACCCGAUCCCGACCUCAAUCCCGACUGGUAUAGUGAAAUUUGGCUGAAGUACCCCUCAACUUCGGUAUUAGUGCCAAUGCAGUACCGUUGUACUUUCAAGGCCAGGGUCGAGUUUAGCCUCAUUCUCAACGCGGCCAUGCUUCAGGCUUCUACGAAUGAAAACGACAAUCAAGUAGUUCAAAGUGGGACAGGAAGAAUUAUUGAGACAAUAGAAAAGCUAGAAGCCUGGUAUCAGACGUUGCCAGACCCGUUGUUGCCGUCAAAUAUCGUGUUCCCAUCGCAGCUGAAGUUACACCUCCAUUACUGCUAUGUCCUCAUCCAACUUUACGAAAUCUUAGGAUCAUAUGGGAACAACAGCUCACCGCCACUUCUGCUUGAUCAAGACAAGCUCCAGAAAUCUCUUACCCAAUACAGAGCCUACUUUGAGACUAUUCUGCGUAUCCACUAUCUCCGCCAUAGCUUCGAAUACGGCAAUAUGAUGCUGCCCCAGUUUCUCACCAUGCUCGCGUUCCUUGCUCUUAAUAAGCUCGAUUCCCUCAGGGCAGGAGAUUCCUCCGGGCCAAAUGAAUCUAGUAUGGAUGUGGGGGAUACAGAUCCCAGAGCCGCCAAGGCCACACUACUCAUUGCGCAGAAAGGCCUCAGCGAUCAGGGAAGGGGCUAUUAUUUGGCGAAAAACGUAUUCCAAGACGUCCUCGAUCGUAUGACGCUGAGCGACUCAAACGUACUGCAAAGUUUCAUAACCAUUCAGCGGGAAGGGCGGGAAGUGGCUGAAGAGCGCAAGAUACAUAUGGAGAGCCAUUGUCCGCCAGCUAUCAUACAUAUAGCGAAUAAUCCGGACCGGCAGCAGCAUGGCAAUUGGAUACGACGGUUCGCGAAGUUGACCGUUGGUGAGGAAUCUGCUAGCUCAAUUUUAGACAUGAUAUUCGGGUGUAAGGCCCGCUCUUAA